GUAGUGCAAGAACCGUCCACCGGUGAACAGCGCCAAAAUGGCAGCGAUGACCGAUACAGAAAUAAAACAACCAGUUUGAAAAUGUCCCAAAGGGUAGGGUCAGGGUCUACGAGGAAGAGGGGGCACCAACACCACCCUAGAAAUCACGGUAACCGUAAAAAAUUGACCCUGGAUCCCGUGACGCCCUCGAAAAUAUCAGAAAACACACAUAACCUAGAAACCGAACCAACAACUGUCAAAGUGACAGAUACGUCUGUGAUUCAAAGUGCCUCCGAACGUGAUAAUAUAAUAGAUCUAACUAAUUGCGAAGACGAUGAUAUUAAAAUACGAAAGGGUGGUAAUCGUAAUAAAUCCGAGCCAAAAAUUGUUAACGAAAUUUUGGAUGACGAAUCAACCGAUAUGUCUUUGGUUUUUCGUCCGGCUGCUGAAGGAUCGAGUCAAAGUGACCAAGAAUCCGAAGAUCCAGAACUUGAAGAAUUAUCCAGGCUACGUUGUACCUCAGAACGAGCUGAAGUAGUCGCUGAAAGAGAAGCAAGAAAAAUCCGAAGAAGAUGUGCAGAUUAUCCAGGGUUGGCCUUCGGGAGUUCCAUCUUUAGUUCCGAUACUCUCAUGAAGUUCUCCAUCAUCAGGAAUGAACUCCACAAUAUUAUGAAUACACAACUGAAACGGGCUGAAUCUGAAGUUGCAGCUUUGAACCGUCGUAUUCAGUUGCUCGAAGAAGAUUUGGAACGUUCCGAAGAACGUUUGGCAACUGCUACAGCUAAAUUAGCCGAAGCUUCCCAGGCAGCUGAUGAAAGCGAACGCGCCCGUAAGAUUCUUGAGAAUCGUUCCUUGGCCGAUGAGGAGCGUAUGGAUGCUCUUGAGAAUCAGCUGAAGGAGGCGAGGUUCUUGGCUGAGGAAGCCGACAAAAAAUACGAUGAGGUGGCCCGUAAGUUGGCAAUGGUUGAAGCUGAUUUGGAGAGAGCUGAGGAGCGCGCUGAAGCCGGAGAAUCCAAAAUCGUAGAAUUGGAGGAAGAACUCCGCGUCGUUGGUAACAACUUGAAAUCCCUUGAAGUUUCUGAGGAAAAGGCCAACCAACGUGAAGAAGAAUACAAAAACCAAAUCAAGAACCUCACCACUCGCCUAAAAGAGGCUGAAGCCCGUGCUGAGUUCGCUGAACGUUCGGUUCAAAAACUCCAAAAGGAAGUCGACAGACUAGAAGAUGAAUUGUUGGCGGAAAAGGAAAGAAACAAACAAUUGGCGGACGAAAUGGAGGCAACAUUGCACGACAUUCAGAACAUGUAGACGAUUUCAACCUUUAAAAAUUUAAUUUGAAAAAAAAAGAACACGUUUAAAACACAUAAAACACAGCGACAACAUUCCCACUGCAAAAGAAUGAAUAAUAUUGAAAAAGAAUGAUUUAAAAGAAAUAUACUGACGACGCGUUCAAGUGCUUACACAUUUUUUUUUUAAACAGAAACAGAUAUAGUUUGUAAGGUUAUCAUUUUUUUUUGUUCUCUUCAUAUAUCCUCGCAGGGUGCUUCGUCGUAGAAACCAACCGCUCAGGUCGAAAUUUCGCACUGGAUUACUUAUUUUUUGUUUCCAAUUUUUUUUUAUAAAUGUUGUUUAAGCCUUAAAACUUCAAACGAUUAAAUGAAGGUCAAAAUAUAAAUUAAAAACACUGCCAAUUAAAGAAACUGAUGAAUAAGUUUUUUUAAGGUUUAAAAAAUGUUUUAAAAAAAUUUGUAAUUCCAUGCUGAUUAUUCACACAAAUCAUUCCUUAAUUUUUAUUUUUUUUUUGUUUUUCAAUUUUCGGUUUAUUCUAUUUGUAUAAUUGUACAUGAUUAAUUUAGAGGAAAUUAGUCAAAUAAUUUUUUUUGUAAUUUUUUCGGUUGCGCCGUUUGGAAAUUGAAAGUAAAAAGCCGGCGCGUUUAGAACAAUAUAUUUGAUUAUAUUAUUUUUUUAUAAUGUAGAAUUUUUCGGGGCGUUUAUGUUGUGAUUUUUUUCUAUUAUUUAUAUAAUUUACUGAUGGGUUUUUGGGUCGCUAUUUAUUAAACGUGUCCGUGCAAAAACACUUUUCAAAAGGCGUACACCAUAAAGACACAAUCCCCCUCCCCCAAUAUUUUGAUUUAGUAUUAUAUAUUAUUUGUAUUUUAUGUAGUUAAUCAGUUAUUAUAAAAUUUUAAUCACAA